AUCGCCACAUGCUGCAGCCUGCUGCAUGUAUAUAAACUCCUACAGGGGCAGCCGGCAGGGCCACCAUGAAAUAUCUCACCGACUGCAAGUGCAAGCUCAGUACGUGCUGCACAGCACCUGCACUGCCAAAGGCCAAAGCUAGCUGCUGAGCUCGAUCUGCACCCUGUCAGUGAGUGUCCGAUCCAAGCAGCAGAUAGCAGGAUCGGAGCCAAAAGUAGAGGGAGGGAGCACUAGCGAUAACUUGUAUAUCUCGCGGUGGUAGUGGUACCGGUGCGUGACUGGUAGCCCGCCUAUUGUGUCGUUGUUGCAUUGGUGGUGGUGCUCAGCUCGCUCUUGUCUCCUUACUACCGUCCGUCAUGGCGGCCAACUACCACCACUACCAGAUGGCGGUGCACGCGGCGGCGGCUGCGGCGGCGUGGAGGGAGCCGGACAGCCCGCAGCUGAGCUUCGUGAGCGGGUGCAGCUCCCUCUUCUCCAUCUCCACGCUGCAGGACGACGACGACGACGGCAGACCCGCCGUCGUCAUCGCCGGCCACGCGAUGCCCUCCACGCCCGUCUCGCUCGCGGGGUUCGCCGCCGGCGACGAGGUCGACAUGGAGGUGCAGCAGGCCAGCGGCGACGACCGGCGGAGCAUCAGGAUGAUGAGGAACCGCGAGUCCGCGCUCCGAUCCAGGGCCAGGAAGAGGGCAUAUGUGGAGAAUCUAGAGAAAGAGGUUCGCCGGCUGGUGGAUGAGAACUUGAAGCUCAAGAAGCAGUGCAAAGAGCUGAAACUGGAAGUAGCGGCACUCGUCCUCCCAACCAAGAGCUCACUUCGAAGAACCUCAUCCACCCAAUUCUGAAGGGACAAAGAAACAAACAUGGACAUAUAUAUUUGAUAGUAGUACAAAGUUAAGAGAAGGAAUGAUUGGACUUGUGUGUACAUUUUCAGUGUCAGUGUAAGUGUGUUUGUGUGAAUCAGGGCAAUGGGAGAUAGAUUGGGCAAUCAAUGUGCUAUAGUUUGUAUCUUUUUUAUUCCAUUGACACCUAGAGAAGCCUCAAGCUUGCCAAUCUACCAUUCACAAGUCCAA